CUUUCUUGCUCCCAGUGAAGUUUUUAUUACUGUUCAGUCCCUCCAGCGCUUUCCAGACCCACUGGAGUGUGACAGGAAAGCUAUGCAGGCUCUAAACAGCCUUCUUUCCUGAUCCUUUGGGCUGCUGCACACACUGAGAAAACCUACAGACUAGUCCACCAGCCAGCAAGCAGGGGGCUUCUUAAAGGGACACUGUCACCAUCGCCUCGAAGCUGGCUCCGUUCUGAAUGCAGGGUAGCCCUCCCGUUCGCAGGCUUUUCGACCGCAGGGGAAGAAGAGGAACCUCCAAAUGACAGAGUGUGCUGUGGCCACGAUUGGCACAAAGAGGGACUUGCAAUUGACUAGAGAGGCAACAAAAAAAGAUACUGCCGAUUGAUUCAGAUCUGUUUUGUUGGCUGUGUGGUUUCAAAUCCAAAAGUGAUUGUAGUUUGGAUUAGUGGGAGAAGAGCACAAACUGUACCUGGUGCCACACUAGCUCAGUCUUCACAGAGGGGGGGGGACAUCUGUUCAAAUCUUUUCUUUAUGAAGGAUUGGCUCUGGGGAACAGUGCUGAGCUAUCUUGAGGACUUUCAAGAUUAAAACGUCACAGAAGAAGCAACAGAACCAGAAGAAAAAGAAAGGGUGCUUAACUCAAGAGCAAAAUGGCCAAUUCAGGUUUCCAGCUUCUUGGGUACUUCUUGGCACUGGGUGGGUGGAUUGGCAUCAUCUCGACCACAGCGCUGCCCCAGUGGAAACAGUCUUCCUAUGCUGGUGAUGCCAUCAUCACUGCGGUGGGGCUUUAUGAGGGGCUCUGGAUGUCCUGUGCCUCACAAAGCACCGGGCAGGUGCAGUGCAAAGUCUUCGAUUCUCUGCUGUCUUUGGAUGUUCAUAUCCAGACAUGUCGGGCUCUGAUGGUAGUGUCUGUGCUGAUGGGAUUCAUUGCGAUCAUUGUCAGUGUGGUGGGGAUGAAAUGCACAAAAGUGGGAGAUAACAAUCCCAUCACAAAGGGCCGAAUCGCAGUCUCGGGAGGAGUCCUCUUCCUCCUCGCAGGGCUGUGCACACUGGUGUCUGUGUCAUGGUAUGCCACACAAGUCUCCCAUCAGUUCUUCAAUCCAAACACACCUGUAAAUGCCAGGUACGAAUUUGGCUCAGCUCUGUUUGUGGGCUGGGCUGCCGCCAGCUUGACUAUGCUGGGGGGGUCCUUUCUCUGCUGCUCCUGCCCCAACGAGGAGAGGAGAGGGCAGCAGUACUACAGGCAAUCGCAGCCUUCCACAGCCAGGGAGGCUGAGUUGUUGAGCGAAAGUAGUUUUCCUGACUGAUCAACCCCCUGCCUUUUUUCUCGAAGAUUGUCCAAGUUCCACUUACCUUUUCCGUUUCCUUGUUCCUUCCUAGAUUCAAAAUUUGGACCCUUAUCUCCUCGCUAUAGUAUAAAUUGUACUCUCUAAAUAGAUGUGUCUUUCAGCAUCUGCUAUUAAAAAGUAUCACCAAGGUUCCCUCUGUCUGCUCGCGAUUGCCCUCACCUCCCAGUGAAUGAGGACUGGUUUUGUAGGACUUGUGGGCAAAGACACUCUCAAUGAAAAUGUGGGUUUGAUGCUGCAUCCUGUGCACAUGUGGCUAGUAACAUGUUUGUAUGUUGCUACUUUGAUUAUCUAUGCUUUAAUGCAUACGUCAUGAUGUCUAUAAUUUUUAAAAGUCUGAAUCUGUUUAUUGUUUCGGUUGUUAUUGGUUUUGUUUUCUUGCAAAUACAACUGUAUAUUGACUUAAACAUGUUUUUUUUUUUCUUUUCUCUUAAAUUGCAGACCAAAUGUAAAAAGUUCUCCACCCGACAAAGGGGAGCAGUACUUGUAGUUUGGGACAGUGAGCUACGCCCCCGUUGGUCACAUGCUGUUUAGAUUUUGCAAAAGACAUGGCACUCCUUUCAGGCAAAAUGUAAAGCCACAUAUGUUCUAUAUAAAUGAUAGAAAUAAAAAAAAUAAAGACAAUAAAAGUGCCUCUAGAUGUGAACCACACCCAAAUGGAUCUAGUUCUUGAAAUGGAGCUUGCUUACGGACAACCAUUUUAAAAACAAUAUAUGUAUGGAAAUUAACCUGAUAAUUAGAAAAUUCUAUCCCAGCUGGUGUGGUUGUAUGCCAAAGUUAAGUGGCAGGUCAGGAGCCACUUACUCUCAUCUGUUUUCUUUUAAAUGUCUUAUGGCUACAUUCCGAAGAACAAUACAUGUUACUGGGACUUCUAGAUAUUGACAUUUAUUCCUGCCACAGCUGCUUCCCUGUAUAGUACAUGUCUGGUGUGCUGAUGAAACAGCGGUGAAACUGACUUUAAUACACCUCUUUUCAUUCCGAAAGAAAAAUUCAGUGCUGUUAGACCGUUUCAGUGACUUAGCAGGCACAUUGCUGUGUAGAAGUUGGCCACAACUUGAAUAGCAUCCUAAUGUUAAUUUUAAUGAGAAUGUAAUGAAUCCUCCACCCUUUAAGUGAUUUUAAUCUCUGUGUUAUUGAAUAUAAGAAUACUGUAUAUUUUGGUGGAAUUAGCUCUGUCUUCCUUAUGUGAAUAAGAAACAUAGCUUAAUUGGUUAUUACUAGCAUAUAAAUGUGCUUCAAUUGAAGAAAUCGACUUUUAACAUUUCAACUUAAAAAACAUGCUAAAGAGACAAAAAUAGUUAUCAAAUGCCAGCAGUGAUAAUUAUUACUCAUAGCAUAAUAUCUACACAUUUUCAUGCCCUUUUACAAAAAUUCUGUGCCCUGGGACAUACUAAUGAUAAAUUCUUAAAUAUGCAAAUGUAUCCAUCAAAAACUAAAAGUGAUCAGCGAUCAUUAGGCAAUGGGUACAAAUUCCCGAGUUCAUUCUGCUGUGGCCUGUGAAGUACCCUGUAAGUUCCAUUCUAGAGAUGAGGCUAAUUCAGAAGCAUAGGCACAAUAUUUUCCAAAAGCAAAACAGACUUUCCCAUAAAACAUAAUUUCCCUCAGGCUGUCUAAGCACUAAUAUGGUUCCAUAGGGUAGCCAUAAGACCUUUAAAGUGACCUGAUUAAACAUUGAAGUUCAUCAUCAAAAAUUGUAUUCAUUUCUGUAAUCUAAAGCAAUGUGUCCUAAGUUAGUUGGUAGGGCUGCUCUGACACAAAAUCUUAAUGGUAAUCGUGACAAUAUCCUCACAAAAUACAGAACAGAUGUGCUACAAAAAUAUGAACCUCCCACUCUUCCUAUAUAUGAUAACAUGGUACUGUAUAUAUUGUGUGUUUUGAAGGGUAUCCUGUUAGUAGACCAAGAAUUUAAUGGAGAAAAUACACACAAAAUGUAGUAUAACUUUCUUUGAGGAGAUUUAGGGGUUAGGAAGUGGUAGACAGUUGAACAUAUUCAGAGCAUUCACUCUAUUUCUCAAUAAAUGAAACCUAGUUUUAUAUACCGGGCACAGGAAAUAAUAGGUACAGAUGGUUACAAAAAAACAGACAAACACAAAAAUGUCUGACAACAGCUCUAAAAAAUAAAUAAUAUAAAGGACCAUAUAUGCAUCUGACAUUUUGCCAGAAGGAACUGUUUCCCUCAGAACAAAAACAAAUCAGUUAUAAACUGUUAGACAAAUCAAACAGGAUGCUAAGAUAACAAUUUCAGUUUUUCAUUUUAAGGAUUUCAGCAUCAGAAUUUUGUUUUUCCUUUAAAAAAAUAUAGAUGGGAAUAGUCCAAAAUGAGACAAAAAGAUACUGUAUAUUUCAUCAAACAGCAUGAAAACUAAUUGAAACACAAUAUUUUAUCCCUAGUAUUAUCCUAGAGAAACAGACCAUCUUUCUUGCCUGUGUUUUCACGAUCACCUGUGGCAAAUAAAAGUUUCCUGUGUAAUUUCAGAAAACACGAAGAGUGGUUUAUGAUAUCUGUUCCAUUAUUUCAUUUAAUUUCAUAUGGCAUUGGAUAAGGAAUCCUCUGUGUGAUACACAGUGAUAAACUGUGGCUGUUUUGUGCUGACACCCAAGAAUACAAACUGCAUUAAAAGUAUAGUUCCUAUACUGUUAGCUGAAAAGGUAAUAUUGUUCAAAAAUUAUGUUAAGUACAUUCAUUAUUGCUGCUUUUGUCCAUUAUACAUUGUUGUAAUUAAUCAAGAUGAAAUAUAUUAAAACUAGUAAACUUUA